AUGAUGAGAAAACAAGGAGCAAUCACGGUGUCCAUCAUCCCGAGAGGCAAAGGCCUAGGGUACGCGCAGUACCUGCCCAAGGACCAAUACCUCUACACCAAAGAGCAGCUGUUCGACAGGAUGUGCAUGACCUUGGGCGGCAGAGUGUCCGAGGAGCUGUUCUUCAAGAGGAUCACGACGGGCGCCCAAGACGACCUCAAGAAGGUCACGCAGAGCGCCUACGCCCAAGUGGUCCACUACGGUAUGAACGAGAAAGUGGGCAACGUCAGCUUCGACAUGCCCAGGGAGGGAGAGAUGGUGAUGGAGAAGCCUUAUUCGGAGACCACGGCGCAGCUGAUCGAUGUUGAGGUUAGGAAACUCAUCGAGGGGGCGCAUAAAAGGACCACGCAGCUUUUGACGGAGCGCAAAGAGCAAGUUGCUAAGGUGGCUGAACGGUUGCUCAAGCAAGAGAUUAUCAGCAGGGAGGAUAUGAUCGAGUUAUUGGGAAAGAGGCCAUUCCCGGAGAAAUCGACCUAUGAGGAGUUUGUGGAGGGUACGGGGUCCUUCGAGGAAGAUACCACGUUGCCUGAGGGGUUGAAGGAUUGGAACAAGGAUAAGACGAAGGGACCGGAGGAGACGGAAAAGCAGCGGGCUUAG